GAGUUUCCAUUCUUUUGGAUGAAUUUGUAGAUUUAUUUUGUAAAUUAGCUAAAGUAAUUUUAUUUUCACUAUAAAAAUGGCUAUGCUUGCGGGACCGCGGCGUCGAAAACAAUACAACGUGACUCCGCGGGGCAAGCCUCUCUAUGACGACAAAAAUCGUUUUGGUACUAAAAUGCUGGAAAAAAUGGGCUGGUCUAAGGGAAAAGGUCUCGGCGCCAAUGAGGACGGCUCGACAGAUUUUGUGCGCGUAAAUUAUAAGGAUUCCGUUGACGGUUUGGGUUACAAGGCGCGCGAUGAUCAAUGGACCGCGCACGAGCAGGUAUUUGACGGAUUGCUGCAGUCCUUGAAUGGCGAUGAGGGUGCAAUUGAUCCAGCUGGCGAGACGUCCGAUAUGGAAACACGUCCGAUCGGAUUUGGCUUUAAACAAAUAGAAAAAACGGUUAAACCCAACAAGUUAAAAGAGAAGAUCAGUGGUAUUUCUUUGGAGGAGAAGUCCAAGCAAAGUAGGGCUCGGGUACACUACAAGAAAUUCACUCGUGGCAAGGACUUGUCUCAGUACAGCGAAAAGGAUUUGGCAAACAUAUUUGGAAAGAAGGAGGCAGAGAAUGGGCUUCCUAAUGACCCAUGGAAAGCCCAAGUAAUACAAAACGAAAUAGGGCCUAAUUUUUCAGGGGUACAGACUAUAACUACUGGGCUAUCAUUGACUGAUUACUUCAAGGAAAAAAUGAACGCUAAGAAAAAUACAAUAAAUACUGGCAACGAAGCCGUUGAUAAGUCAUUUUUAAAUAAUGAUGAAGAAGAUAGUCUUUCUGCUAAAGUCAAUGGCUGUAUAGAACCUGUUCAAGAUCAAAAGAAAAGAAAAAGGAAAGAUAAAGAACAGAAGUGUUCCGAUGAAGCAGCAGUAGAGCCAUCAACCAGAAAACGUAAGAAGACGGAGAAAGGGGUUGAGGACUUAAAGGAAAGCGAAGUUGUGGAAACUUCCAUGUUGAAAUCGGAAAAGAAAAGAAAAAACAAACCAGACACACAGAAAAUAACAAAUGAAAUUGUACCUGAGAAAGUUACCACUGGAAAUACAGAAAAUAAAGAUAUCAAUGAAAAUGAAAUAUCUUUAGAUGCAACGACGCGCAAGCACAAAAAGAAAAAGAAACACAAUGUAGAUUUUGUUCAAACUGAAACACAGCAGGCAACAAUUACAGGAGCUUUUGAGAAUUCUGCCCCUAAAAUUACAGAAAAUAGAGAUAGCAAUGAAACUGAAACGGUUUUAGAUGAAACGACGUCGAAGCACAAAAAGAAAAAGAAGUCUAAACGCGAUGAUAGAGCGAAUUUAGUUAGAUCAGAUAUGCGGGAUACAACAGUUGCGGAAAUAUGUGAGGAAGCUGAAGCCGAAAAAAAGAAAUCAAAGAAAAAACUCGGCUGUGUAAUUGAGAACCAAACGGAAGAGAUAGAUACUGGAAUUAAUUUUGGUAAUAAAAAAAAGAAACAUAAGCGUGAACAGAUAGAACAAGUGGAACCUGAUAGUGAUCUGGAGAAAAAAAAACUUGCAGCUAACAAAAAAUUGGAAAUACAUCAAGAAGAACAAAGCGCAUCUUUAUCAGGUAUAACACCGUGCCCAAAUAACGAACAUCUUGAGUCUGUUUCCAGCAAAAAGAAAAAGAAACGUAAGAAGGGGGAUGCCGAGCUGAUUGCGGACAAUUAUAAUAAAUCAGUGGAAACAAAUGAGCAUUCCCAGACGGACGAUACCACUGAAAUGAAUAAGAAAACCAAAGUAAGUGAAGACACAUCUGAGCAUUCCCAGACGGACGAUACCACUGAAAUGAAUAAGAAAACCAAAGUAAGUGAAGACACAUCUGAAACCGCAUUCGCGAAUAUUAGCUGCAACAGCGAUUCAAACGAUGCGCCACCAAAUCAGUUCUUAUCUCUUGAGCAAUUAAUUCAAAGUCAAGAAUCAUUUAAUGUUUAUACAAUUUCAUCAUUUUGCGCAGAAAAAUUUCAUUUGGUGAACAUGAACGCCUUUAAAGAAUCGACGUUUGCACAAAUUAUUGGCUAUGCAUUUGAUGAAAAUAUGAAGCUCGAUGUGGUGCCUCAAAAAGGCGAUGAACGACGCAUUUUAAAUUUCUGGAAUGGUACUUCUAGUAAAUAUGGUCCACACAAGACAAAACCAUUUAGAUAUAAUUAUAUAACACCCUCUGUAAUAACAGCUAUAAAGAGGCGAAAAGCGUUUUCAGGUAUUUAGUAAGUCAAUAAAAAUAAUAUAGCAUUUCAAUUUUAAGGCAAACACAAUUUAAUUCAAUAAAGAUCUUAAAACACUUUGUACAUAA